AUGCUUCUCCGAGAGUACAUGCCUCCGAGGGAGGUUUGCGAUGAGCUGGUCCGGUUGUACCUUCGAACAUUCGAGUCGGUAUUCCGGGUGCUGCAUGUUCCCUGUUUCCGGCGCGACUAUCUUCGAUACUGGAGCAACCCGCAGCCGGCCAGCGAGCCACUCGUUGUACAGUUGCUUCUCGUCAUGGCCAUCGGAACCUGCUUUUACCAAGAUGCCGUCGCUACCGAUGGCGCCGCCACCCUGCGCUGCCAGGCAACGCACUGGAUCCAUGCCUGCCAAGUGCGUCUCGCGGCCCCCUUUCGGAAGAAACACCUGAGCCUCCGCCGCGUGCAGUCUCAAUGCCUGCUGGUCAUCGCGUUGUUGACCAACACCAACGCCGUCGGUGGCGACCUGGCCGGCAUCAGCGUGGCAUCCCUUGUGCAGAGCGCCAUGGCCGUGGGCCUGCACAUCGCGCCCAGCCAGCUGCCCGUCAGCCCAUUGGAGGCCGAGGUCCGGCGACGGCUGUGGGUCACGAUCCUCGAGCUGGCGGUACAGUGCAGCCUGGACUCCGGUACCCACCCCGUCAUCCCGGCCGAGGCCCUGAAUUGCGAGUUUCCCUCCAAUCUCAACGACUCCCAAAUCAGCGACUCAACUGAGACACUGCCCAUGGGUCACGCGACAAGCACAUUUACGCAGAGCUCUAUUCAAUGCGCCUUGUUGAGGUCCCUGCCCAUCCGGCGUCGCAUAGCCGAGCUCCUGAGCCGGUUCCAGGGUGAGCUUUCCUACGACACGGCCCUGCGCAUGGGAGCUGAGCUCACGGCGGCCUGUCGCGAGACCUCUAAGCUAAUUGAUUCAUUCUUAUUGUCACCGGCGACUGCCAACGGCCCGCGGCCCAGGGCGUUCCACAUCAAGAUACAGGACCUCCUGGCGAGGCGCUUCCUCCUGCUGCUGCACGCCCAGUUCGCGCACAAGGCCACCAGUAACGUUGCUUACCACUUCUCGCGAACUAUGUGCCAGGAGUGCGCCCUGCUGCUGCUGUCACCUCCCUCGUCCCAAGGCGGCGAACCAACAAGGCGUCGCAAAACUGGCGCUGGCGACGACGGCUCUGACGACGAUUACAACGGCGACAACGCCCACACCGACACCGAAACCAACGCGGCCGCCGCGCCGUGGUUAUCGCUGCAGGACUUCGCCAACCUGCAGUUAUUCGGCGGCAGCGUGUUCAAUAAUACGUUCCUGGCCGCAUCCCUCAUCGUGUGCGCCGAGGUUUUGCAGCAGCUGCGCGAGGACUCAUCUCCGGUCGCGUCAUCCCUGUCGCGCCGCGAGUUACUCCAUGCCCUCGAGCACGCCACGAGCCUGACGCGCCGCCGCGUGCGAGCCGGCGAGACCAGCGUCAAGGCCGCCGCCUUCUUCGCCUGUAUGCACGCCUGCAUCAGUGCUCGCCGCACCUUGCUCCAGCACGCCCUUGUCGUCGCCGAUACGGUGCGCACCGCCCUCGCCGAAUGCUGUGCCGUCCUCGAGGCGCGCCUGCGCGGGCCGAUCGGGUCCGGCGUUGUAUAUGUCGAUGGCUCAGCCACGUCUAGCGUUGAACAACAGCUAGGUGACAGCGGCCCGUCGCUCGAUGGCUCGGAUCCCUGGGACGCCUUGCCUUGGGAGGAUGACGUCGGCUUUUUGUAUCAGGGCGCGUGA